AUGCAGUCCAUGCCGGACACGCGGCAGCAGAGCUUUGACGAGAUCUACGGUCCGCCAGAGAACUUUCUCGAGAUUGAGGUGCGGAAUCCUCGAACCCACGGCAUGGGCCGGUCCAUGUACACCGACUACGAGAUCCUCUGCCGCACCAACAUCCCCGCCUUCAAGCUGCGCCAGAGCAGCGUGCGCAGGCGGUACUCCGACUUUGAAUACUUCCGCGACAUCCUCGAGCGCGAGAGCGCCCGUGUGACGAUCCCGCCGCUGCCCGGCAAGGUCUUCACCAACCGCUUCAGCGACGAUGUCAUCGAGAACCGACGAGCCGGCCUGGAGAAGUUCCUCAAGAUUGUCGUGGGCCAUCCGCUGCUGCAGACCGGUAGCAAGGUGCUGGCCGCGUUUGUUCAGGACCCCAACUGGGAUCGCAACGCCUGGUGA